AGGAAAGAGUUAAGAAAUUAGAGAAAGGGACUUAAAAGGGACCAUCUAUAUAAGAAAGUUUAAAAGGAAAAAGUAGAACAUAUUAUUUAACAUAUUACAAUCGCGACUUUUGCAAACAAAGCAUUCGCGUUUUCUUUGUGGUGCUUUCUAACAACUGCAACAGUCAUAAAACAAAAUUUCCUGUGCUAGUAAGUUUUAGUGACUUUUGAAUUUCUCUAAAUUCCCAAAGUUACCAGAGACGACACUAGGCGUGACGUCACAGAAUCCAUCUGGCGGACUGUGUCCCCUUUAUUUACAUUCUGUACGCCACUUUAUUCCUAUAGUAUAGUAUAUACCUACAAACAUAAAUAAAAAUAAAUAUAAAAUGUAAAGUUCUCAAAGUUAUUCUACAUUACCUUGGAUUUCCAAUAUUUAUUGACAAAAUCAUUUUACUAUCUUCUUUAAUUUAUCACUUUCAGAAAAUGGACGAUAAGAAGUCAAUUCAGUCCCAUGUUGAUGACAGUUACACUCAACAGAGGAUACCCCUUCUGGACUUUAGCGAAGACAUCAAUCUUCAAGACAGAAGAGGAGAAACUCAACUCCAUAAAGAAUUAAAGGCCGGUAUUUUUCGCGCGAAGAAAAGUAAAUACGCUUUUGAAACAACCAAGUUAUUAUUGGCAAAUGGUGCGGACAUGAAUAUUUGCGGUAGAGAGGGAACGAGUCCCCUGCAAGAGGCUUUACUUUCAGGAAUUCCGGAGGCUGUUGAAGCAUUCAUCCCCGAGGAAGAUCAACUUCUUAAUUGCUCGAAUGCAAAAAAUAUCAUAAGAUGUCGAUAUCUUAUAAAAUAUUUUCUAGAUCAAGGAAAACAUUUGAACGUUUCACAUUCAAACUAUUCGCCACUUUUACAUUUUUCAGCAUUGAAUGGUGAUAAGGAGAGUUUCAACGAGAUUUUAGAAAACAGUGAAGCGAAUCUCAACGCUUUUAACGCUAAAGGUUUGACGUUGUUGCACGUUGCAACUUUGCAUGAAAUGAACGAUAUGAUAGAGUCACUAAUCAGGUACAAAGCAGAUCCCAAUUUACAGAUUCAACUCGAUCAAGCGCAUCAGAAUUUAACCGAACGAAUCGGAGGUUUCACUCCACUUCAUUUGGCAAUUUCGAAAGGUUUUUUCGAUAUUGUCGAGACUCUGGUGAAAAACGGUGCAAACGUAAAUGCCUCAUCGCCAUACGGACCCCCUUUACAUGUAGCUUGUGAAACAUUUUAUUUCCCCGCCGUCAAUAAAGUACAUCGUGUAAAAAACGCAAAAAUAGCGAGAUUUCUCGUUCAAAAUGGUGCUCAAAUCGAGGCCAUAAAUGGCGAGAAAAAAACCCCCCUUCAAAGAGCCUGUGACAAUAAAUUUGAGGAAAUGGUCGAAGUUCUCCUCCAGGAGGGCGCAAGUUUCAAAAUGAAAUUUCAUCAAAGACGCAGUGCACUACAUUACGUUGUCGGUAUCAAUAAUUCCCGAAUAAUGAAACUCUUCCUUGAUCAAGGUCUCGAUCCGAAUGUUAAAGAUUUCCGCGAAGAAACACCUCUGAUCUACGGUUCAAAAUCAUCAGCGAAGGGAAUUUCAAUAGACAUUAUCGAACUAUUAGUUGAAUACGGCGCCGACAUUGAUGCUGGUGAUCUCAACGGUGUAACAGCCCUUCACAUUGCAGCCGGUUUUUACAAUCUUAAAAUCGUCAAAUAUUUACUAAAACUAGGUGCAAACGUCAAUAUUCGUACCAAAAACGACCUCACUCCUUUGGAUCGAAUUCUAAUUAAAUUUCGUGGUUGUAAAAUUACACGAAAAAAUACAGCAUUCAAGACACUUGAAUGUUUGUGCGCUUAUACAGCAUUAAGUGUACACAUGGGCGAGAAGAAUGUAAAUUUCAAUAUGAUCAAGGGACAAUCGGCAGUUGACGAAUUUUAUCAACAGUGCGAGGAACAAAUUGAUCUUUUAAAGAGAGACAUGAUUUGCACAAACAGUUCAAUUUCCUACUUCGAUUUACUGAACGUUCAGGUUGAGAAGUUGAUUUUAUUUCUGAGAAAUGAGGAUCUAAUGGAAGCUCUGAUAGCAAGGAAAUAUUGGGAUAUUCCCAUAUAUGGUGAUUUAUUGAAGGAUCGCAUCAAGAAGGGUAAAGUGAGGAAGAAUCUAAUUGAAAGUAACACUGUUCUUUUAAAACAAAUCACAAAACGACAGUUGCCUUAUUUUGUCAAUGACAUGAUAUUCAAUUGCCUCUCUUUGAAGGAUCUGCAAAAUUUCGACCAAGCCUUUCGUACGAAUCGAACGAGAAGUAAGGAAAGUUUACCGAAUUCACAAAAAUAGAAAAAUCUACUUUGUGAAUCUUUUUUCAAUUCUAUUGUAGAUAUAUUUUAUUUAUAUGUACAUACAUUAAAGUUUUAUAUAAAUUGAUCCAUAAUAUGAGUUUCCCCUUGCAUACAAAUUGUAUUUUGUAUUUCUGAUUUUUCAAAUUAUUUUUUUAUUCUCAAAGGUAUAAUUUUUUUGUGUUCCGUACUUUUAAAACAAUAAGAUUUGUAUAAAGUUAAUAAUGGCAUAAGUCUUCUCUUUUUACGACUGAAUAAAGUAAUUUUAAGUUUUUGA